UGGUUGCAGGCCGGACCCGCCCGCUCGCCCGCUGACAGCGAGGCUUAGGGCGGAGGAAGCGGGUCGGUUGGUGGGUCGGGAACGAGGCUCCGGCGGCCAGGCCCCGCGCAGAGCCGUUGCCAUGGCAGCCGCCGCCGGGCGCGCGGACGACGAGCCGCGCUCCGGCCGCUCGAGCUCGGAUGGGGAGUGCGCCGUGGCCCCGGAGCCGCUGACGGGCCCCGAGGGCCUCUUCUCCUUCGCGGACUUCGGGUCGGCUUUGGGCGGCGGCGCGGGCCUCCCCGGCCGGGCGUCUGGCGGGGCCCAGUCCCCGCUGCGCUACCUGCACGUCCUGUGGCAGCAGGACGCGGAGCCCCGCGAUGAGCUGCGCUGUAAGAUCCCUGCCGGCCGGCUGAGACGCGCCGCCAGGCCCCACCGCCGGCUCGGGCCCACUGGCAAGGAGGUGCACGCUCUGAAGAGGCUGAGGGACUCGGCCAAUGCCAACGACGUGGAAACAGUGCAGCAGCUGCUGGAAGAUGGCACGGAUCCCUGUGCAGCUGAUGACAAGGGCCGCACAGCUCUGCACUUUGCCUCCUGCAAUGGCAAUGACCGGAUCGUGCAGCUGCUCCUGGACCACGGGGCUGAUCCCAACCAGCGAGAUGGGCUGGGGAAUACACCGCUGCACCUGGCGGCCUGCACCAACCAUGUCCCCGUCAUCACUACACUGCUGCGAGGAGGGGCCCGUGUGGAUGCUUUGGACCGAGCUGGCCGCACGCCCCUGCACCUGGCCAAGUCAAAGCUGAACAUCCUGCAGGAGGGCCACUCCCAGUGCCUGGAGGCUGUGCGGCUGGAGGUGAAGCAGAUCAUCCAGAUGCUGAGGGAGUACCUGGAGCGCCUGGGGCGGCACGAGCAGCGGGAACGGCUGGACGACCUCUGCACCCGCCUCCAGAUGACGAGCACCAGAGAGCAGGUGGAUGAGGUGACCGACCUCCUGGCCAGCUUCACGUCCCUCAGCUUGCAGAUGCAGAACACGGAGAAGAGGUAGCAAGAGAGGCUCCCCGCCUUCCUGCUCUGCCGCCGCUGCCCUCCCCCUGCCCCCGCUGCUCUCUCAUCACAAAGGAAAAGCCCGAACCUGGGACUUUGGAGCCACACGUGUCUGGUGAGGCCUUGCCCCCAGAUGCUACAGGGCAGAGACGCACUCUCACAGAGGCUCCGUGACUUCGGCGCCGCUCCCAGCCACGGUCUCUGUCAUCUCUGUGGGCGGGGACCACAGCCCCCAGCUUCCCCCUCCGCUCCCACAGCACAGCAGCCACACCUGAGCUCCGGCCGACACGACACGCGCUGUCCUAGCGGGCCUCACUCGUCUCGCGGCCUCCCUGCCCCCCGCGGCAGGCCCCAGAGCCUUCUCUGUGUCCCUUCUGGGCCGUGGGCUUGUCACAGCCAGCGGGGUGUGGGCUGAAGGCAGGCACCCUCGGGGGCUUCUUGGCUGGCCCUGAACCCCUCACCAGCAGUUAGAUUUCAACUGGCCACCUGACUUUCAAGGAGACAUUGCAGGGAGUGUCUCCGGUUGGAAGGGAGGGUUGGUGAAGCCCAGCCCUUAGAAAUACAAGGCUUGGAAGGACCCUGCUGAACCCAAGGCAGAAAAGGCCCACCCUUUUUCUCCCAGCCUUUGAAAUACCAGCAGGCGGAGUGGUCCCUUCUGCAGCCUAGUUGUAGUGGGCUGAAUAGAGGUCCCCUCCCCCGCCCCAGAUGGCCGCGUUCUUAUCCCCAGGGACCUGUGAACAUGACUUUAUCGGGCAAAAGGGACUUUGCAGACAUAGUUAAAUUAACGGUCUUUGGGCAAGGCGACCCUCCUGGAUUACCCAGGUGGGCUUGAUGCAAUCGCAGGGACCCGAGUGACAGGAAAGCAGGUCAGAGAGGACGGAGGAGACACAGCGGGAAGGGGUCAGAGCUGAGGAACGCAGGCGCCCACGGAAGCCAGAAAAGGCAAGGAAAUGAGAUGCUCCCCUCAGAUCUCCCUGAGGGAGCCAGCCCUACUGACACUUUGACCUUAGCCCAGUGAGUCUGAUUUGAGAACUCUGACCGCCAGAACUGUAAGAGAAUAAAUGUGUGUUGUUUUAAGCCA